AUGGCAUUUAUCAGGCUUCAAGAAUUCUUUGGGCAAUACUUCACUAUCCGUAGGCUGGUAAAGAAGUACUCCAUCCGUUACAUCCUACUACAGAUGGACAGAGCGUUGACAGUCCAGUAUACCAUUUGCCUGGAUGGAACCAACUCCCGUCUUCUGUCAGACAUCAUGAACGGCAUCUGUCUCCCGGGGGAGACUCAUAUCAGAGCUAAAAAUUUGGCAGGAUUUGGUAUAGUCACUCAGAGCUCUGACUAUGGCAUUGGUGAGGCUAUACGAGCUAUCGAUGGGAAUUAUGACACAAACUACCUCAACCAUCCCUGCACUCACACAAAUAAUGACUACGAACCAUGGUGGAAACUGGAUCUGAGAAUGAGAGCAACCAUUGAUUUAAUCGUCAUAACGAACCGUCAGGAUUGCUGCGCAGAGCGUUUGAGAGGAGCCCAGGUUAAAGUCGGAGAUUCUCCUGAUGGCAACAACCCAGUAUAUGGCACUGUCACAGACUACUCGCAAGCCAGACUCCCCAUUCCUUGCCGUAGAGCGGUGGGACGCUACGUCACUGUGACCAUCCCCGGCCGUGCUGAGUAUCUGACACUGUGUGAAGUGGAGGUUUAUGGACUUUUCAUUGAAACAAAGCAUGACUCAACAGCUAAAAAUUUGGCAGGAUUUGGUAUAGUCACUCAGAGCUCUGACUAUGGCAUUGGUGAGGCUAUACGAGCUAUCGAUGGGAAUUAUGACACAAACUACCUCAACCAUCCCUGCACUCACACAAAUAAUGACUACGAACCAUGGUGGAAACUGGAUCUGAGAAUGAGAGCAACCAUUGAUUUAAUCAUCAUAAUAAACCGUCAGGAUUGCUGCGCAGAGCGUUUGAGAGGAGCCCAGGUUAAAGUCGGAGAUUCUCCUGAUGGCAACAACCCAGUAUAUGGCACUGUCACAGACUACUCGCAAGCCAGACUCCCCAUUCCUUGCCAAGGAGCGGUGGGACGCUACGUCACUGUGACCAUCCCCGGCCGUGCUGAGUAUCUGACACUGUGUGAAGUGGAGGUUUAUGGGCAUUUCAUUGAAACAGAGCAUGACUCAACAGCUAAAAAUUUGGCAGGAUUUGGUAUAGUCACUCAGAGCUCUGACUUUGGCAUUGGUGGGGCUAUACGAGCUAUCGAUGGGAAUUAUGACACAAACUACCUCAACCAUCCCUGCACUCACACAAAUAAUGACUACGAACCAUGGUGGAAACUGGAUCUGAGAAUGAGAGCAAUUAUUGAUUUAAUCACCAUAACGAACCGUCAGGAUUGCUGCGCAGAGCGUUUGAGAGGAGCCCAGGUUAAAGUCGGAGAUUCUCCUUAUGGAAACAACCCAGUAUGUGGCACCAUCACAGACCUAUCGCAAGCCAGACUCCCCAUUCCUUGCCGUAGAGCGGUGGGACGCUACGUCACUGUGACCAUCCCCGGCCGUGCUGAGUAUCUAACACUGUGUGAAGUGGAGGUUUAUGGGCAUUUCAUUGAAACAGAGCAUGACUCAACAGGUUAGCCAUGGCCGGUCCUUUCUGCCAUUACAGAACUCGCUUUGGCUACAACUUAAAUGGUCAAUAUCUGCAUAAAUGCUCAUGUUUCCGCGUAUGCAACAAUGUAUCUCUUUUGUAUCCCACAGAGUUUAGGGACCUUCCCAGUAAAUGCUAAUUGGUGGGUAGACUAAGCUGUGAUUGACUGUGGUCGAUCUCACAAGUAGAUCAGUCUAACAAAAUGGCAACUGGAACUGAUAUAUGGUACCCAUUCCAAUCAAGGUAAUAACAAUGAAACAAAAUAUGUCACCAGAACUGAUACCUAGUUAUAUCCCAGUAAUAACCCAAUAAUAGUGCCAUAAUAAUAACAACCAAGUAACGGCCCAGUAAUAAUGCAGUAAUGGCCCAAUAAUAGUCCAGUCAUAGCCCAGUAAUAACCUAGUAAUGGCCCAGUGAUAGCGCAGUAAUGGCCCAGUAAUAACCCAAUAAUAGUGCCAUAAUAACAACCAAGUAACGGCCCAGUAAUAAUGCAGUAAUGGCCCAGUAAUAGUCCAGUCAUAGCCCAGUAAUAACCUAGUAAUGGCCCAGUGAUAGCGCAGUAAUGGC